ACAGCCGCGCUCUAGCAACUGCAGGCGACCUCUCAACCGACCAUGUGGGAGGCGGGUUUUCCGCCCUGUCGCUCCGCCUAGCCGGCCGGCCCAUCAAGCGGCGGCGGCGAUUGGAGGAGGCGGCUGCUCAUCGAGCGGCGGGGUUCGCGGGCUUGGUUGUACCGGGAAGGUGCUCUGAGGCUGGAAGUGGGAGUUGCAGGUGGCUGGAGGGCUCUUCGGUGACUCCAGUCUUGACGGCCGGGCGGGCUGCUGCGGGAUCCGGAGCUGCCUUCGAGUCUCCUGCACCGGGGCGACUGUGCACGCUGGCUCCCUGCCUGGCCCUCGACCCCGGCGCUGCACCCGCAGACCUUUGCGCGCCUCGGGUUCCUGGGCGCCGGGCCCAGCUCUUUGGAGGACCAUGUCAUUGGAGUUUGGCAGUGUAGCCCUGCAGACACAGAAUGAAGAUGAAGAAUUUGACAAAGAAGACUACGAGAGGGAAAAAGAGUUACAGCAGCUACUCACAGACCUCCCUCACGACAUGCUGGAUGAUGACCUCUCCUCUCCUGAGCGCCAUGAUUCGGACUGCAGUGUGGAUGGCCUAGUGGGAGAACUGCAUCCUUCUGAGCAACUGGAGAGGAAGUGGAUGGAGCGUGACUAUGACGUACUGCCCACAUCUCACAUCGUGAAUUGUGGCAAUGGCUGGGAAGAAAAGCGAAGUAAAACUGAAGACCAGCAUCUUGGGUACCAUCCCGGAGAAGGCGGGGAUGAGGGCGGAAGUGGCUACAGCCCUCCAAGUAAACACGAGGCGGCAGAUUUGUAUCACCUUCCUGAAGAUUUUAGGCCGUACACUGGUGGUCAGAAGCAGGAAUUUCCCAAGCAGGCAGCUGGAGUCAUUCCCUUUUCAGAUCGUCAGAGGGACAAGUUUCAGCAAUUUGGUUCGUCUCAGGGACCCAGCUGUCAAGCUUUGGAGCCAUAUAAAGCAAUCUAUAAACCUUACCAAUCUUCUGGCCAGAGCAGUAGCUCACCAGCCCAGGAGAUGGCAGCAAGUGACGUGUUUGAAGGCAUGCAGCAACAAUUUUUAGGAGCUAAUGAAACAGACUCUGCAGAAAAUAUACAUAUUAUUCAACUCCAGGUUCUUAACAAAGCGAAGGAGAGACAACUGGACAGCUUAGUUGAAAAGCUGAAUGACAGUGAACGCCAGAUUCGGUAUCUGAACCACCAGCUUCUAAUAAUCCAAGAUGAGAAGGACGGCUUGACCCUCAGCCUUCGGGAAUCCCAGAAACUCUUUCAGAAUGGAAAGGAAAGGGAGAUCCAGCUUGAGGCACAGAUAAAAGCACUAGAGACCCAGAUCCAAGCAUUCAAAGUCAGUGAGGAAAAGUUGACCAAGAAGGCCAGAACCACUGAAGUCACUCUGGAGAGCCUAAAACAGCAGCUGGUGGAGCUCCAUCAUUCUGAAUCCCUUCAGCGAGCCCGGGAACAGCACGAGAGCAUUGUCACGGGCCUCACACAGAAGUACGAAGAGCAGGUGCUAUCCUUACAGAAGAAUUUGGAUGCGACCCGAACCGAACUUCAGGAGCAGGAAAGCGUUUGCGCUCGUUUAAAGGAUCACGUGCAGCAGCUGGAGAGGAAUCAAGAAGCUGUCAAAUUAGAGAAGACUGAGCUCAUUAACAGGCUGACGAGAAGUCUAGAGGACAGUCAGAAGCAGUGUGCCCACUUGCUGCAGUCAGGCUCCAUGCAGGAGGUGACUCAGCUCCAGCUGCAGCUGCAGCAAGCACAGAAGGCCCACAUCUUAAGUGAGAGCAUGAAUAAGGCUUUGCAAGAGGAAUUAACAGAGCUUAAAGCUGAGAUUUCUCUCUAUGAGUCUGCUGCAGACCUCGGAGUACUUCCAGGUGACUCAGAAGGAGACUUGAGUAUAGAGCUCACUGAAUCAUGUGUGGACUUGGGCAUUAAAAAAGUCAAUUGGAAACAAUCCAAAGCUAACAGUACUGCACAGCAAGAAGCCCCAAAGGAAGAGCUUUCGAAGGAUGAGCUUAUCUUGAAGUUGAAAGCCCAAGUUCAGCACUUGCUGAAAAGCAACUCCGUGAAGCGUCAUCUGGUGUCUCAGCUACAGAGAGAUCUCCAAGACUGCCGUGGGAUAACAGAAGCUCUCCAGCAGUCGAAGGAUGGCUACAAAGGCAUGGAGACUAAAACAGAUACCUCUGAAAAAACAGCUGAUCAGUUAUGGCUUGAUUCUUCUGAGGCAAUUGUCAGAGAAGAUAUUCUGCGUCUGAAAAAUGAAGUUCAAGUUUUACAGCAACAGAACCAGGAACUUAAAGAAGCUGAAGAGAAGCUGAGAAGUACCAACCAAGACUUGUGUAAUCAGAUGAGGCAGAUGGUACAGGACUUUGACCACGAUAAGCAGGAGGCUGUGGCUAGGUGUGAGAGGACUUACCAGCAGCACCAUGAAGCCAUGAAGGCUCAGAUUCGAGAGAGCCUUUUAGCGAAGCACGCUGUGGAGAAGCAGCAUCUCUUUGAGGUCUAUGAGGGGACCCAGUCACAGCUCAGGUCUGACCUCGAUAAAAUGAACAAGGAGAUGACUUCUGUGCAGGAGUGUUACCUGGAAGUAUGCAGAGAGAAGGAUGAGCUGGAAUCUGCUCUCAGGAAGACUGUGGAAAAGGCUCAGGAGCAAAAGAGGCAGCUUUUGGAAGACAGAGACGAGUAUGUAGGCAAACUGAAGUUAGAACUUGAAGAGAAGUACCAAGAAACUCUUAAGACGGCGAAACAGAACUGGCUGAAAGAGCAAGAAGCUGGCGUUAAAGAGCGGGCCGAGGAAGAGAGCAGACAAAAACUCAUUCAACAGCUGGAGAAGGAGUGGCGGUCCAAACUGAACCACAGUGUAAAGACCCUGAGAAAGGCAACUUCCGACUCGGGCAGUCAGACCGACCAGGUAGCCCUUCCGGAAGCCGUGGCUAAGGCAGAAGCGGCGGUCCUGGCAGAGGAGCAGGCUCGCAAGGUCCAGCGGGAGUUGGAGCAGGAGAAGGAGAUUGCUGUCAAGGAAGCUUUGAGAAAGCUUGAAGUUGAGUUGGAGCUCAAGUACUGUGAGAGUAUUACGCAACAGGUGGAAACAGCUGUGCAGAAUGCCCGCAGUCGCUGGCUACAGGAGCUGCCCAAGCUUGCAGAGUACAAGGCACUGCUGAGAACCCAGCAGCAGGAGUGGGCGGAGCAGCAGGAGCUGGUGGUGGCCCAGAGGCUGUCACUUGUACUCUCUGAAGCUAAAGAGAAAUGGAAAAGUGAGUUUGAAAAUAUGAAGCCACAUGUAAUACCUGUCAAGGAGCUGGAAGAGAAAAUUCACUCUCUCCGGAAGGAACUGGAGUUGAAGGAUGAGGAAGUCCCUGUGGUUGUCAGGGCUGAGUUGGCUAAGGCCCGAACUGAAUGGAACAGAGAAAAACAGGAAGAAAUCCAUAGGAUUCAAGAACAAAAUGAGGAAGAUUAUCGGCAGUUUUUAGAUGAUCAUCGGAAUAAAAUUAAUGAGGUGCUUGUGGCAGCUAAAGAGGACUUUGAGAAGCAGAAAAUUGAGCUACUUCUUCAGAAGGAAACAAAGUUCCAGGCAUGUCUGGACCAGAGUCGCAGGGAGUGGACACUGCAGGAGGCUGAGCGGACGCAACUGGAAAUCCGUCAGUAUGAGGAUGACAUCCUCACUGUGCUGGAGUUCCUCCUAAGGGACACCCAGAAGGAUUUUGCUGGUGACUCCCAGGGCAGGCAGCUUUUGGAAGUCAUGUCAGUUUGUUCUUCAAAAUGGGUAUCUGUGCAGUAUUUUGAGAAAGUAAAAGCCUGCAUACAAAAAGCACUUCAAGAUAUGCUGCCCUUGCUCACUGACAGUAUUGUCUCCGAGUGGAAAAAGAGAAAUGUGGUCAAGACCUCUGCAGAUCCUGUCGGCUGGAACACUGGCCAGGGAGACCCUGGAGUCCCAGCAUCCUUUCCUGUCUGCACCUCUGGACGCUGUGCUCAGCCCUUGGCCUUGCCAGAAGCAGGAGCGGAAACUGAUAAAAAGAUCUUUGAAAUUAAAGAUUGGUGCUGUGGACACUGCUUCCGAGAACUUGAAAGGGAAACGCAGGAGUGUCGAGAUCUGAAAAGGAAGCUGGAGAAGUGCCGUAGGCACCUUCAGCAUUUAGAAAGGAUGCACAAGGCUGCAGUGGAGAAACUUGGAGAAGAGAACGGCAGAGUGGUUGAAGAAUUAAUAGAAGAAAACAAUGACAUGAAGAAUAAAUUGGAAGCAUUGAGGGGCCUUUGCAGAUCACCACCACGGUCACUGUCUGAAGGAGCCAUUGAGAGUGAGUGGCUGCCAUGCAGUAGGCAGGCCUUGGAAGAACUCCGUGGACAGUACAUUAAAGCGGUCAAAAAAAUUAAACGUGACAUGCUUCGAUACAUUCAGGAGAGCAAGGAAAGAGCCGCAGAAAUGGUGAAGGCGGAAGUGUUGCGGGAACGGCAGCAAACUGCCCGCAAGAUGCGCAAGUAUUAUCUGACUUGCCUUCAGCAGAUCCUGCAGGAUAAUGGAAAGGAGGAGGGAGCUGAGAAGAAGAUUAUGAAUGCUGCUAGCAAACUCGCUACAAUGGCAGAGUUGUUGGGAACAAUCGCAGAGUCGGACUGUGGAGUCAGGUGUGUGCAGGCAGGCCGCUCAGAUGUAGACCACCUACACUCAGACGCCCACCGGCUCAAUGAGAGGAGGCUUAUACCUUGGAGGAAAUUGGAGGUCAAAUUUAGCCACCAGGGCUUGACAGACACAUUCUUCAGCUUCAACACUCUCCUAUGACCGGAGCCUCUGAGGAUUUUCCUGGGAUUAUUUAUCAUAUAGACUAUUCAUUUGGUGACUCAAGCUUUAUACAAAAAUAUAUGUGACUAUCAAGUCUGUUACCAUAAAACAACUGUAUCAGGAGUAGAUUUCUAGCCAUUUAGUUUUGUGUUGAAGGAAAUAGAAAUAACAUGGUUUUCUGUUCCCGAGUCUUUCCUUUGUGUUUUCUCCUGUUUCCAUUUCUUUCUUGUCAUUCUAUUUUUUAAUUUCUUCUUGAUAUUUUCUUCUUUUUGUCUUUUAUUUUGUUUCUAUUAUUUCUUUUGUUGUCUUUCUUGGUUUUCCUUUUACUUUUUUUAAAAAAAACCUUUUUUUUUGUCUAAUACAGAAAGUGAUUUAAUAAUAUCUAUUUAGAAAAUUAGUCUAUCUAUCACUAACUAGGACAAUGAGGUUCAAUGUCCUUGGGAUUAUAUCAAAUUUAUUGAGUAAUGAUUUUCACAUAAUAACUGCUCAUUAAAUUGUUUCUUUGGAAUGAAACUUCAUUAAAAAUUCCAGCUCUGUGGUGAGCACAUUGUGAGAUCAGAAUGUUGCCAAGCAGACUGUACCUGUGAGUCAGUCAGCCUAACCCAAACUGACAGAGAAACUGAUGGAAUGUUAAUUGAUAGCAGCUGGGUGACUGGCAGGCCUGCUGGGCCGGAGAGGGCCAAGGAUCUCUCAGCAACUAUAAAACUUAGAUUUGUCAAAGACCCCAGAGGCCCUUUAAUGAGAAUGACCUCUGGUUAAAACUAGAGUAAAGGGGAAAUAAAGAUAGAGAUUUGGGGACUUUGGAUCUAGCAUAUUUUCCACUUAAUAGCUGCUGACUUAGAAGAUAAAACUCAUGGAAUUCUUAUAGCCAUUCUGGCUUGCCUUUAAUGAUCUCAAAACCCGGUUAGGUGGGCUCAUGACCUGUUGCUUAGCAACACUGGAAACAUACACGGGAAUGGGAGGGUGGGGGCGAGACAGGAAGAGUCCCAGAAUGCAAAGCAGUACUUUCAGUACCUUGGCUGAGGGGGAAGGCAGGUUGUGGUGAUUGGAUUUGCCUCUUAGAGGAGUCCCAGCGGGGCAGCUUGGCUGUAGUUGGAAGACUUGGGGAUGGGCUUGUGGGAAAUACAACCAGGAAGCAUGCCUCACCAGCUGGAUGCGCACCAGUAAGACCCCGCCCCCAUUCUGUGAAUGACUCUAAGUUGAUACCGGAAUAAAGCAACAAGGCUAAACUUCG